AGGCGUCACUACUCGUCUGUACGAAAUCUGACGACGCAGGGUCCAGACUCCACCAGUCCACCCUGUAAUUCAUGGCGAAGGACGAGGAAGGUGAGCACAGGACGAACAGCAACAGCAAGCUCGAAACUAAUCCGGUGAUAAAUGCAUGCGCCCCAACUUCCAACUCACAGUUCCUCCUCGUCAUUCAAAGGAAAGUGGCAGGCAGGCUAGCUGCUCGGUUGACACACGAGCACACACAAGACAAAUGCCGCCACGCCGGCCGGCGGCGCAGUGCGUCCGAUAUAUGGCGGCGUUCUGGUUCAUCAUCCUCCUCGUCACUUUCUUCUCCGGCUUCGCUGCCGCCACCACCGGCGUGACCACGUCCACCUCGAACCAGAAGCCGACGUAUAUCACCAGCCUUCCGGGACUCGACGGCGCGCUGCCUUCCCUUCUCGAGACCGGGUACGUGACCGUCGACGAGGAGAACGGGGCAGAGCUGUUCUACUACUUCGUGGAGUCGGAGGGCGACCCCGGCCGUGACCCCGUCCUCCUCUGGCUCACCGGCGGCCACCGCUGCAGCGUGCUCAGUGGAUUGGUCUUCGAGAUCGGCCCGGUGGAGCUCGUCAGGGAGCCGUAUGACGGCAUCAGCCUGCCGCGGCUGCGGUGGAACCCAAACUCGUGGACCAAGGUGGCUAGCAUCCUCUUCGUGGACUCACCGGUCGGCGCAGGCUUCUCAUUCUCCCGUGACCCCAACGGCUACGACGUCGGCGACGUCUCUGCUUCGCUGCAGCUCAUCGAAUUUCUCUACAAGUGGUUCAGCGCGCAUGAGGAUUACCUUGCAAACCCAUUCUACCUCGGAGGAGGUUCAUACGCCGCGAAGCUCGUACCAUUCAUCACCCAGAAGAUCUCAGAAGGUAUUGAAGCUGGAGUGAGGCCGAUUAUUAACCUCAAGGGCUAUACGGUCGGUAAUCCCCUUACAGGUGAUAGCAUUGACUUUGAUUCGCGAGUGCCAUACUGCCAUGGAGUUGGAGUAAUUUCAGAUCAGUUGUAUAAGACGAUAAUGGAUAACUGCCAUGGAAAGGGUUACAGUAACCCCAGGACUUUUAUUUGUGCAAAAGCUAUGUCCAAGUUCAACGAACUAUUCGAUGAAAUCUCUGCGCCCCACAUUCUGCAUAACAAGUGCAUCGCGGUGUCUCCAGGACCAAGUGAUGUAAGUAGAAGAAAGAUCUUGAACGAGGAGGUUGACUUACUGCAAAACCCACCACCUCGUCCUCCGAUUGAAUGCAUUGAGUACCCGCACUAUCUGUUGUAUUUUUGGGUUAACAAUAAUGCCACACGUGAAACUCUUGGGAUCAAGAAGGGGACCGUGAAUGAGUGGGUGAGGUGCCACCAAGGGGAUCUACCUUAUGAUGAGGAUAUCGUAAACGGCAUAGAGUAUCAUCGUAAGGUUGCAUCACUGAAUUACCGAACUUUGGUAUAUAGUGGCGACCAUGAUGCUGUUCUGCCAUUUCUUAGUACCCAAGCAUGGGUGAGAUCACUCAGCGACCACAUUGUGGAUGACUGGAGGGCCUGGCAUCUUGAUGGCCAGUCUGCAGGAUUCACCAUGACGUAUGGAAACAAUGUGACGUUCGCUACUGUGAAGGAUUGGGUUCCCAACCCAUGGUAUCGAACACAGCCUAUUCUAAGUAGUGUCCACCACAAAGGCUAUUCUAAUCAAUUAGGGCGGAGGACAUACUGCACCAGAGUACCAGCCAGAGAGAUGUUUUGCAAUGUUCAGCCGUUGGAUUUCCAACAGGCCACUUUGAUCUGCGUACAUUUGAUGUAAUCUAGGUAUUUAACUUCAAUAAUGGUGAACUGGACUCUCCACAUCAUGCUGAGGAACACAUGUGCACUUUCUAGUCUUAUAUAAAAAAGCUUAUGGUUUGAUGUAA